AUGAAGGAAGGAAGUGUGGUGCAGUACAACACAAGUGCAGACAACUGGGAACUGCCAUGCUUCAACUCCAGCCAUGAAUGGGUUUACCCCCACUUUGUCCCCACCACUUCUAAUAAUUCAUUCAAUCCUUUUCCUCCUUAUAAAUCAUCCCACCCUUUCCUUCUUUCUUCUAAUUCUUCUAACAAAAUUGUUGAUCAUUUCUCACUUAUGGAGAUCAGCUCUACCUUCACCACCUACUUCAUUCUCAUCCUUGCUCUCUCUCCUUUCUCAAGAGGGGAAUCUGAAGCAUUGUAUUCGGAGAUAUAUGAGAUUGAUUAUAGGGGUCCUGAGACACACUCUUCCACUGUUCCUCCUCCUCAUCACUUCCAUAUUGGUAAGCCACGUUCAUCUUCUCAAAAGGGAUCACUUAGAGGAACUAAAGCUUUGAGGGAUUGUAGUUUCGCAGAAAAUAAGGUUAAGAAAGUACAUGGGUGA